AUGUCCCAGAAGCUCGGCGAAAAGACCUUGUACAUCUUCGCUGCUUACAACGCCAUCACCAUUCCCAUGAUCUGGGCGCUCUACCCGGCGACCUCUCAGCGCACACUCGAAGAAAGAAACCUGCUCUUCGCGUCAGAUAGUAUCUGGAAUUGGGAAGCGGAGAAGAAUCUUGCCUUGUUGAGGGAAUAG